GUCAGUGGUUGUCAUUACGUUGAUGUCUGUAUUAAUAUAAAUUUAAAUGCAACUCUCCAUGCUAUUGUUAUGAUUAAGAAACGAGCUGGAAAUGCCGCGCAAAAAACCCUUUAGCAACAAACAAAAAAAGAAACAACUUCAGGAAAAACGCGAAAAAACUCGCUUGAAAAAUCUAGAUGAAGGAAGCAAGUCGUCAAACGGGAAUUCAGCCGAUACAGAAGGCGAUGAAGAGUCUGAGAUGGGAGGGCUCGACAAAUCUUUAGAUGAUAGGAGAGCAGAUGUCGAUAAAUUACAUUAUCAGCCCUUCACACACGGGCAGGGAAAAAACAGAAAACACGAUCCAAACAGAUAUCGCUUGCAGUUUGAUCGUGAAUCUAAAGCUGAAAUCGAAGCCAGGAAAAAGGCUGCACAAGAACCACUAAAAUAUGUCACAGAGGAAAGUCUUGAAGUGAGCCUUGAAACUACCUACAAUCCUGGAUCAGUCCUGGACAUGCCUAAACGUCCUCCUUGGAGAUAUACCAUGAGUAAGGAACAAGUAGAACGAACAGAGCAAGAGAUGUUUGAAAAAUUCUUGGACAAGAUUUAUGACGAAUACAAGCUCUCUGAGCUCAGUUACUUUGAGCGAAACUUGGAGACAUGGAGACAGCUGUGGCGAGUAUUAGAAGUUGCUGAUAUUGUUGUUCUUAUAUCAGAUAUUCGACAUCCAGUACUUCAUUUCCCUCCAACUGUCUACGAUCAUGUUGUGCAAGACUUAAAGAAAGAUCUUGUGCUGGUUUUAAAUAAGAUAGAUCUUGUUCCUCCAGAAGUAGUAACAGCUUGGAAGCAUUACUUCACAUCCAAGUUUGAACAUCUCAGGGUUGUAUGCUUUACAUCAUUUCCUAAAGAUGAGAAUGAACGUAAUAAAGACCCAAGCAAAGUUUUAUCCAAGCGCCGUCGUCGUAAAAGAUGUUUCUUUCCUGUUGGACCAAGGGCUCUCCUAGAGGCUUGUGAAAACUUGCGUGGAGUUAAAAUUGACCUUAGCAGCUGGGCCAGAAAACUCAGUGAACAAGAAAAAGGAGAAGAGGAAGGCAUUAUUUAUGACGACUACGGUAGCUCUGAGGAGUCUGAAGAAGAGGAAGGUAGUAGUUUUGAAGACGUCGAGCAUAACGAAGAUAUCCUAACGUUGGGUCUCAUAGGUCAUCCAAAUGUCGGAAAAUCCUCCCUUCUAAAUGGUCUAAUCGGACACAAGGUUGUGAGUACCUCUCGCACGCCUGGCCACACCAAACACUUUCAGACUAUAUUUCUAACGCCUAACGUCAGACUCUGUGACUGUCCUGGAUUGGUGUUUCCUUCUGUCGUCGGUAAACAGCUUCAGAUCUUGUCAGGAAUGUAUCCCAUCUCACAAGUUCAAGAGCCGUACACCUCUGUAGGUUAUUUAGCUGCCAGGGUACCCCUGGUUGAUCUGCUGCAGCUGGUCCACCCCGCAACUAGAGAUGACUCUGACGGAGAAGGAGGGACGAAAGAGGAAAGCCAUCCUUGGUCAGCAUGGGACGUCUGUGACGCCUGGGCCGAUAAAAGAGGUUUUCUAACAGCAAAAGCAGGCCGCCCCGAUGUGUAUCGAGCAGCAAACAGUCUCUUAAGACUGGCUGUAGAUGGCAAGAUUGUGAUGUGUGUUUAUCCACCAGGCUUCAUUAAUAGAAAAGGUGAAUGGCAGCAACAUCUUGAAACAAGAGAGAUUACUCUUCUACAAGAAAGACACUCAGAGAGCAAACGGCUGCGACUUCAAGAAAACGAAGUGGACGAACUGUCAUCGCAUCUGCUCGCCCCUCCUGGAAGGGGCAAGGGAGAUGAGAGACCAAGUAGUGAUGGAGAUGACGAACAGGAGGGGGAGGAAAGUGAGAUCACGUCCUCUAACCCGUUUGCACUUCUGUCAGACGAGUGAAGGGUUAAACGAAGGAAAUCGUGCCACCGUUAUUACGAAGUGUAAAUUGAAUGCGCACUCGAGGAGUGACGUGAGAUGAUUUGCAGUGAAGCACAUCACACUCAAUUCAUGAAGCCACUUUUGGCUUUUUCGUUGCUUGAAGCCGCUGUCAAAAGUAUGGAGAUGAAAGAGAAACAUAUCAAACACUGGGAAACAGACACAACGGAUGUCUAAGGCCUAGUUUAUACGUCGCGCUACAGUCGAAUUUAAUUCAGACGAAUUUAAUUCAAGGUCCCACAAGCAAUUAAA